GAUGAGUAGACGUUUCAUGUUUAACUGCUUACGGACGUGUUGACGUGGCCGACAAAUCGCCAUUUUGAGGAAGGGAACGCCUUGAAAGCCGCACACACAGAGGAAGCAAGCAAAUAAUUUUCAAGGAGCAAUCCAUUGUUGAAACAGAGCCAUGGGUAACCUAUUUGCCAACUUGUUUAAAGUGUUUGGCAAGAAGGAGAUGAGAAUUCUUAUGGUCGGCCUUGAUGCUGCUGGAAAAACUACAAUCUUGUACAAGCUCAAACUUGGUGAAAUUGUUACCACUAUUCCAACAAUUGGUUUCAAUGUGGAAACUGUAGAAUACAAGAACAUUAGCUUCACCGUCUGGGAUGUGGGUGGUCAGGAUAAAAUUCGACCGUUGUGGCGCCAUUACUUCCAGAACACACAGGGUCUCAUCUUCGUUGUGGACAGUAAUGACAGAGAGAGAGUGAACGAGGCACGGGAGGAGCUGAUGAGGAUGCUGGCUGAGGACGAGCUCCGGGAAGCAGUGUUAUUAGUAUUCGCCAACAAACAGGACCUUCCCAAUGCCAUGAACGCUGCCGAGAUCACGGACAAACUAGGACUUCACUCCCUGCGCCACAGGAACUGGUACAUCCAGGCCACAUGUGCCACCAGUGGUGACGGCCUGUACGAAGGACUUGACUGGCUUUCCACUCAGCUGCGGAAUGCAAAAUGAGGACCUGCACAUGUGCCAUCCAUCCCUCAGACGCUCUGCCGCAUCCUCCUCCCCUCCUCCUUCAUCGCUUUUACUCCACCCAUUGACAAAGAAAAAAAGAUCAAGCAACUUUGGGGGUUUAAAAAAAUGCAAGGGUAGUGGACACUACCCUCAUCUCACGUCUGGCCACAGCAAUAUUAUACCAGUAAGAGGACAAAGCCGAGUUGUAGAUUCCAGAGGGGUAUACUAAGAAGCUGGCUCAGGAGUAAACCAGGUUAAGUUAAGAGGUAAAUCAUCUAAUAGAAUGAUUUACCUCUAAACCUGGUUUACUCCUGAACCAGCUUCUUAGUAUAGGCCCCUGGUCUCCUAUUUAAUGUAAAUAGUCUUGUUUUGGUAUGGGGCUGCCCGAUGCACUCUUAUGCAAUAUGUAACUUACUCAAUAUUUCAUUACAUUUGUUAUUUAAUAACCUUUAACAGGCUUUUUUUGGAAACACUUAGGGAGUGGAAAAGGGAGAACGGAAGCAGCAAUUGUAAAGGAGUCUGUUAUCUUCAGCACUCUUCUCUCUGUCAGAUAAUGCCAUUAUGGAUAUUUUCUCUUCUCCAACACUCAUGUAACAUUGCACAUGAACUGACAGGGGAAACCUAAUUAUUAUUAUUAUUAAAACUAAAAUACCA